AUGUCAGCUGUAGAUCAAAUCGAGGAAAGCAGCUUGGAGCAGCUCCGAGAUGUGCUCGUCAACGCAUCCAAAACGCAGCCUUUGGCCCACAGGUUCAGAGCGUUGUUCAGCUUAAAGUCGAUCGGAUCUGAAGAUGAGGAUAAGGAAAGGGCACACAAGGCCAUCAGAUACAUAGCCGAGUCGUUUAGCGACAGCUCCGAAUUGUUGAAGCACGAGGUCGCCUACGUGUUGGGCCAGACCAAGGACUUGUACGCUGCUACUUACUUGCGUGAUGUCUUGACGGACUCGCAGCAGCAGGUGAUGGUGAGACACGAAGCGGCUGAGGCAUUGGGCGCGUUGGGGGACAAGGAGUCGCUCCCGUUGUUGACGGACUAUUUCGAGAAUGACCCUUCGAUUGAGAUUAGACAGACGUGCGAGUUGGCGAUUGAGAGGAUAAAGUGGGAGAAUUCCGACCAGGCCAAGACUGAAGUGUUGGAGAAGUCGCUAUACGAAUCGGUCGACCCUGCGCCGCCACUAGCUAGCGACCCCUCGAAUUCCAAAGUUGAAAAACUACAGGCCAUCUUGAACGACCAGGAGAAACCGUUAUUUGAGAGGUAUAGAGCCAUGUUCAGGUUGAGAGAUAUCGGCACGGAUGAAGCGUGUUUGGCGUUGGCCACGGGCUUCGAUGACCCUAGUGCCUUGUUCAAGCACGAAGUCGCUUAUGUGUUUGGACAAUUGUGCAACCCCGUGACGGUGCCAUCGUUGAUCAAAGUGUUGAAAGAUGAAACUGAAGCUGGCAUGGUUCGACACGAAGCUGCCGAGGCACUCGGCAGUAUUGCCACUGACGAGUGCUUGCCCGUGUUGCGGUCGUUCUUGAACGACGAAGAGCAAGUUGUUAGAGACUCGGCCAUUGUCGCGUUGGACAUGUAUGAGUAUGAAAACUCUGGUCAAUUGGAAUACGCUACUGUGAAUUGA